AUGCAAUGUAUAUUUUCUGAUCCAAAAACAUUUUGUGAUGCUAUUCCACAUAAUCUUAGUGCAAAUGAUAUUCUUGAUUUACAUCAACAAGAAUUGACUAAACCAACAUUUAAUUUAACUUCAUUUAUUUCCAAGAAUUUUAUUCUAUCAAAUCAACAACAGUUUACAUUAAAAACUUCAACAUCAUUAUUUUAUAUUCCAAUUCGUUUUACAUUAUUUAAUCGAAUCACAUCACUUGGUCAUUGUUUAUGUUCAUCAUUAUCAUCAUCAUCCAUACAACAAAAAACUUUAUCAUAUUCAUCAUCUUCAACUAUAAUUAAACGUGAAACAAUUGAUCAAAUACUUUCAACUUGUUCAUUAAUUCCACCACCAUCAUCAUCAGUUAUUUUACCUUGUUUAUCAUUAUCAUCAUAUCCAAGUGAAUUAUCAAAUUCAAUUUCAAUAGUUAAUCUUCUAACUCCACCAUUAUCACAUUCGUCAUCAUCAUAUUUAAAUGAAAAUAAUCUAAAUGAUCAAUCAAUAUUUGAUGAAAUAACAUCACAAUUUGGUGAAAUAUGUCCACCAUUACCAAAAAUCACGAAAUCGUUUAUCAGAAAAACUGCUUUCAGCAUAUUCAUCAUAUCUUCCACUUGA